AUGUCGUACGUCUGGGGAGAGAAGAAACUACAUCCGGACAAGGUCGUGAUCAACGGACGCACCUGUCAGGUUCUGGAGAGCAUACAUCCCAUUUUGAUUCUUAUUUCCGACGAACCGGGCGUGAAGAAGGACGUGUGGUUCUGGAUCGACUAUCUGUGUAUCAACCAAGAUGAUGAUCUCGAACGGGCUGCACAGGUGGCGCUUAUGGGGACACUGUAUCAACGGGCGUUCAGAACCUUGGUUUGGUUUUGCGAGGCUACGCCCGACGUGCGCGGCGCAGUAGAUUUGUUGAAAAUCUUUGCAUCGGAUUCUUCAAAGAGCAGGGACCAAACAAUUUGGGCUAGCCAUGACCUCGUUUCUCCUGAAAAGUGGCAGGCCCUGCGGCACUGGAUGAGGAGACCCUGGGACCGCGUCUAUGCCGACCUCGGUAUUUGCAACGACACCGACCGUGCUAUCGUCGGAACACCAGACUACACUCUCUCAGUGAAGGAGCUGUACAUCCGACUGGCGAUGCUGGACGGAUGCUGCUUCUCGGCCCGUGCCCUCUGUGGUAAGCGAGCCGAGCCGACCUCUUUGGCCCAGCACUUCCACCACCUCAGGACGGUGUGA